AUGGCCUCCCUCCCCGGAUUCUCCGCCGCUGGGAGGACGAGGGCGUCCGAAGGCACCACGACAACCAACACCGAUUCAGAUUACACCUUUGAUUACACAGAUACUCAGUCCCAACAGACGGACAAUUCAGAUACCGUAUUUCUCAACAAAGACACCUCAUCUUCAGAACUCGGGACGGAUGUGACGGACAAAGGUGCCGGUCGAUCAAACCCCGUGGACUCCAAUCAAGAGGAACCCCGAAAAUGUUGGAUCUGCUACACCGAUGAGACAGAAGAUUCGCCUUUGAAUACAGAAUGGAGAUCGCCCUGCCCAUGUGCCCUUACAGCACAUGAAGCAUGUCUGCUCGACUGGCUCGCCGACAUGGAGAACCCUCGUUCUCGGCGGCGAAAUGGGAACGGAGCUAAGAUGGUUUGCCCCCAGUGCAAGACAGACAUUAUUGUCACACGACCGCGCAGUUAUAUUGUCGACGUUCUGAGUCUGGUUGAGCGGGUGGCGGGGCGUCUGGUACUUCCAGGCAUGGUCUUUACUGUCGCUGGCACUGUGUGGGCCGGUUGCUGCGCACAUGGAGCAUAUUCGAUGUAUCUAGUCUUCGGCUCCGAGGAAGCUAAAACUCUCCUGGAGAACAGUGUGGACGGCCCCUGGAACCCUGGAAUGAACCUUGGCCUACCUCUCAUUCCGUUGGUAUUGAUCUUCUCGCGCACUCGUUAUGCUGAAGGUCUUCUACCGGCGAUCCCUGUUCUUUUCUUCGCAGCACACAACCCGGGUCAAGAGCCUGAUUUCGACCUUUGGCCUCCAACCCCUGCUAUGACCUUCGCGGCCCUUCCAUACGUGAAGAGCUUCUACGGCGCGCUUUACGAUCGUAUUUUCGGUGGUCUGGAAAAGAAAUGGAUUGCAGAGGUUCAGCCUCGCGCAGCAGAGGAGACCAUGGAUGAAGUCCAACAACAGGAUCAGGCGGAGGGACUGGGUCGAUUUGGCGACAACGCCAACGGCCAAAUACUCAUGGAAAUUGAUCUUGAAUUGCAGGUAGGAAUGGGCAAUGACGACGAUCUGCUUGAAGCUCCAGCUCUUCCUGCCGCCGAUAAUCAAAAUGGCGCUGACGAAGCCGCCCAGGAUGGACAGGUGCAAGGCCAGAAUGGACAGGACCUCGGCCUCGGACGACGACAAAACGAUAUCAUCCAUGAAACUAGCAGCCUCGCGGAUGUUGUUCUUGGUGCUCUUGUAUUCCCAGCUAUUUCGGCAUCGAUGGGUGGUCUUCUGAAAUACGUCUUGCCCAAGUCAUGGACCACCCCUUCCUCCAUUCUGGAGCGCAGCCGCCCAGGGCUUCUACAGACUCGCUGGGGACGUAGUGUCGUGGGAGGCUGUGUUUUUGUCAUGCUGAAAGACGCACUUGUCCUUUACUGCCGGUGGAAGUUAGCACAGACACAUCGACGACGCAAGGUUCUGAAUUACGAUCGGGCCAAGAAGCACGUCGCAGGGAAGCGGUAG